AUGAGCACCUGGUCAAGCUCUCAAGCCUCCCAGGCAAAGUCUGUUACAACAGAAGAAGAGCCAAAAGAUAUAAGUAUGGUGGAGCUGCUCCGCUGGCUGGAGAAAACGUUCCCGAAAGAGUUCGAAGAGAAGAUAAAAUAUAUGAUGACUUCGGACGAGCUACACCAGUGGUUAGAGAAAAACCACCCGGAAGAGUUCAAGAGGUUGUUUCCGAGUCGAACCAAGAAGGGAACAGCCAAUGUCGCCUUCGUACGUUCCCCCUCUCAGACAAGUGCUGUCCUUCGUGCUCUGCAAAAAGACUGGAACAACGUCUAUUUUCCGCACUCCUUAGUUGCGCUACAGGACCUUAUUCGGCGAUACCAGCUACUCGAUGUGAGCAAAUAUUACGCAAAGACCUUAGUAUUCGUUCAGAGCAGUGGUAUGGGUAAAUCAAGAUUAGCAGAUGCUUUCGGCCAAUGCUGUCCGAUGAUCAACUUCAUUCUUCGUGAGUCUGGGACUUCCGGCUUUCCACCUCCUGAUGAAGAGAUACUAUUAUUCCUGCGCGACCCGCCGCCAGCCAACAUCCCCGGGCCUAUCAGUCGACAGGAGAGAUCUAGUGAUUUUCUGGAGAGGAGAGCAGCUGUAGCGUGGAAUCACGCUCUCGCUACAGCGUUACUCCAAGCCAGUUUCGAGACAUUUAGUACCUGGGUGGAGAGCCAGCCCUUUACGAUGAUGACUCUAGAAGAGCUUGCAGGUGGUAGGCAUACAGAGAUGGCAACACUCGAACCAACUAUCAAUGCUCAAGACGCCAAGAGCCAACGGCCCAAGAUACGCAUCGAGUUCUGCGAUUCAGUAGUCAAGAGAGCUCGAGUUAUCGCUCAAGAGUUAAUUUCCAACUGGGAUUGGAUGGGGAAGUUCGACGAUGACAGGCCGUCGAAGGUUCACCAUCAUCAACUCGAAAUGGCGCAUAGUGUACAUCAGCCCAAUCCCUUAAACGGUCUUCUAAAUGCUGCCAAAAACCUAAUGAAAAUCCUUCAACAAUGUCGAGGCACAAGCAAAACGGGCCCACUCUUAGUAAUCGUGUUUGACGAGGCGUCAAGUUUAAUGAGAAUGCGGCCGUCUGACGAACCAAACACCGGACUCUAUGUGGCGCUUAAUCGAAUCAUCAGUUGUCUGAAGAAGUUUCGUGCGUGGUCUUUUUUCCUCUCAACAGAAUCUCUCAUCGGACACCUUGUACCGCCGAAAAAUAUCAUCCGGACUGGCAAUUACCUUAUAGACACCUCCGCUCGUGAGAGCCUCACAGAGACCAACACUGAACUGAUGCGAUUUCCCCCAUUUGUGAGUUUUCAGCUCGACAUCGAGGACAGACGAAAGAUGCAGAAUCCAAUACUAAGAAAAGAGGAGCUCCUUAAGCCGUUGAAGACAUUUGCGGAGCUAAAGCACAUGGCCCAAUUCGGCAGGCCUCUUUGGCAUGCAUAUGCAAAUGAGGGCCAUGAUAUGAUCAAAUUGGCCAAAUUAAAGCUCAUUGGCGGCCAGCAAGGGGGAAACUACAAUGCAUCCGACCGGAAUCACGUAUUUGCUGCGCUGUCCUUUCGUCUCGCUUUGGAUGUAUGUCUACAGAACCCCUGCACCAUCCCUCUCACAAGGACUGCUGUGAAUUCUUUCAUGAGGGUGGUUAUAUCUAUGGAUCAUGAGACCGGAGUGAUGGACACAGUGACGCCAGCAGAGCCUGUCUUAGCCAGGGCAGCAAUGGAGUAUCUCUGCGCCGCUAACUGGUCGCGUAGCAUUGAAACACUCUGUGAGGAGCUUCUUGAGAAAGGAUUGAUAGAAAAGGGGCGCAAAGGAGAACUCUAUGCUCGGUUAGUGUUGAUCCUGGCACACGAUUGGGUUCGAUGGGCUCGAAGUAUUCGAUUACACCGUGUCCCGAAAUUUGCACCAACCUUUUCUGUGUCCCAUUUUCUCAAGGCAUUAUAUGCUCGAGAUCAUCACGAUACAAUUCGAAAGAUACCAGAGCAGAUACAUGAAGCCCGAAUGAACUUCACUCAUUUUGUACCAGCCGAUGAACAGAUUACCCCCGAGGUCAUUCCUGCAUUAUGUCGCGACCUAUUGCGCCGAAGCGCUGCGAUGCAGCUAUCUUGGAACCAGGAAACAUAUGACCUGCUUAUUCCCGUGUACUAUGGCUCGGAGGAUGAGGAGCUCGACCCAUCGAAUUACGGAGUCAUCUUAGUACAGGUGAAGAAUAAGAAAGAAGCCACAACACCUCGAGAGAUCUUCCAGGAGGACUUUAAGAAUAUCAGCCCGGAAACGUCGAAUCUCGGCAAAUCGAAGGCGAUCAGCUCUGAGCGCAAGCCCACGAAAUUUGUCUUUAAUCAGAUGACGAACCCGAUCCUGUUCCUCCUCUUCGAUCUAGGUGUGGUUAGAAGCAACCAGGCUCACGCUCCACUUGUUCAAGUGAUGCGCAGCGAAAGUGGACUGCGACCUGAUUUAUGGGCAAUCCAUUCGCGAGGAUAUGAUUACACCGUCUUUGGCUGCUUACAGUACAUGAAUGCUACAGAUUCGAGCGAGCGGUUCUUUGCCUCAAUAAAAAUGGGCGAAACUCUGGCUGACCAACUCUCUCUAAGAAAUAAAUUAUUCCAUAUGGUUCGGGAAGGCUUCAGAUAUGAAGAAUUUGAGCAAGAAGGGAGAGCGAGUGCGGAAUGGAGUGAGGCCAGUGUGCAGGAACAGGGUGUGGAUAAGGUAGGAAAAGAACGCGGAGCGGUUGAUAUCGAAGCGCAGGAAGAGGAAGCAAGCAAUAUCCGAUCGAAGAGAAAGGAAGUGGAAAUUCCCCAGGAUACCCAGGAUACCCAGGAUAAUCGGUUCCCCAAAAGACCCCGCAAGUUUUUGUAA